GACAGUGGAGUGCUGCCUAGUGCACACAGCAAGGCGGAGAACGGAUCUUCUUUCCCCUCUGUUCCACUACCCUGCGGCAGCCCCCUUACCUGGCUCCCCUCCAUCGCAGGCUGCACCCGGGAGCUUUGGCACCCAACCUCAUCAGUGGAGCGUGCUGGAAGGUUACUCUUGCAGGAGAGGGGCAACAAUUUGAGCGGCGAAAUGCCCAUGGGACCCUUGGUCUGCAGUGAGACUGUGAGCCGAGUGAGCUCUGUGCUCAACCGGGACGCGAAGCAGUUUGGGAAGAAGCACCUGUUCGACGGGAGCGAGGAGACCUGCUGGAACUCGGACCAGGGCUCCUCCCAGUGGGUGACGCUGGAAUUCCCGCAGACGGUCAAGGUUUCCCAAAUCCAGCUUCAGUUCCAGGGUGGCUUUGCGAGUCAGCUGUGUACGCUAGAAGGCUGCCGGAAAGGUGACGAACUUGUGAAGAUAGCCGAGUUCUACCCUGAAGAUAUCCAUGCCCUGCAGAGCUUCAGGACCGAAGAAGCGACGCUGGAUAAGCUGAAAAUCACCUUUGAGAACAGCACGGAUUUCUUCGGGAGGGUCGUCGUGUAUCGCCUCGGCGUCCUGGGGGAGAAGCUGUAACCGGGGCCCGAAAUGGCCGAGCCGAGUGGUGGGGUCUGAUUGCCCAGCCUGGUGGCAUGAGCUGGCACAAGGCGGCAUGUUUGGCAGACAGCCCCUCUUGGGAGAUGCCAGACUUGUUCUGCAGUCGAAAUGUAACCACGCGGCAGUAAACCAGGCAGAAAAUAGCCUUGGGCAGUAAUACAAAGCUGGGACCCUGGCCCCCUCCCAUCCAGCCCAUUGCUGGUUACCUGCAGCUUCACAGCAGUGAUCUCCAACCCCUGGGAGCAGACCGGGGUGCCCAGGGGCUGAGUGCAGGCCAGAGUGGGACAGAUCACAUGCCAUGAGCUAGUGGCUUGUCACGUGGUGAGGCUCCAAUUUAGUGGCUG